AGCAAGUGGAGUCGGGAACUAUCCAGUUCCAGUUCUCCAGGGGCUCGGACACGCCCACACAGCAUGCCAGCGGCCCCAAGGCCUGGCGGCGCUCCUCCAGGAAGACACCCGUGUCCCCUUCAGCUGUCGCUUUCCCAGCUGGCAGCCUCCCCACAGUCUCUGGCUCCACGGAGCUCUUCCAAGCCCCCUCCUCAACCCCUGGACAGUCUCAAGUCCCUGGAGGGACCCCAGAUCCAGGCAGAGUCUGUUUUAGAGAGCAGCAUCUCUCACCUGGAAGCGGACCUGAGCCAGCCGGCCUCUGUCCUGGGAGCACCUGCUGUUGCCGAGCAUCUGCAGGAACUUCCCUUCACUCCUCUACACGCCCCCAUUGUCGUGGGAGCCCAGACCAGGAGCUCCAGAAGCCAGCUCUCCAGAGCUGCAAUGGCGCUCCUGCAGUCUUCCGGCUUCCCUGAGAUUCUCGAUGCCAGCCGGAACCCGGUAGCAGUCGUCAGUCCUGCAGAUCCUGUGAAAUUCAGCCCUCAGAAGGAGGAAUCAGAUGGUCUUCGAGGGAAUGAGAUAGUGCUGCAGUUUCUUGCCUUCAGCAGAGCGGCCCAGGACUGUCCAGGAGCACCGUGGCCACAGACUGUGUAUUUCACCUUCCAGUUUUACCGUUUCCCACCUGAGACCACACCACGGCUGCAGCUGGUCAAGCUGGACGGGGUGGACAAGACCAGCUCCAGCUCCCUGUCCCACAUCCUCGUCCCCAUCAAUAAAGAUGGCUCCUUUGAUGCUGGCUCCCCGGGCUUCCAGCGGAGGUACAUGGUGGAUCCCGGCUUCCUGAAACCGGGCGAGCAGCGCUGGUUCACCCACUACCUGGCUGCUCAGACGCUGCAAGUCGACGUCUGGGAUGGAGACUCCUUGCUCCUCAUUGGGUCUGCUGGCGUCCACAUGAAGCACCUCCUCCGCCAAGGGCGCCCAGCUGUUCAGGUCUCACAUGAGCUGGAGGUCGUGGCCACUGAGUAUGAGCAGGAGACGAUGGUGCUGAGUGGCGACAUGGCUGGCUUCCGCAGCGUCAAGCCCAUUGGCGUCCACACAGUGGUGAAGGGCCGGCUGCACCUGACCUUGGCCAACGUGGGUCACAUGUGUGAGCCGAGAGCAAGAGGUUCCAGCUCGCUGCCACCAUCCAGGUCUCGGGUCAUCUCAAAUGAUGGAGCCAGCUUCUUCUCUGGGGGAAGCCUCCUCAUACCAGGAGGCCCCAGACGAAAACAUGUGGUGCAAGCGCAGAAGCUGGCUGACGUGGACAGUGAGCUGGCUGCCAUGCUGCUGACACACACUCCAGCCAGCCAGGGUCCCCAGGCUGCAGGCGGGGAGGCAGAUGCUGUGCACCAGCGCAAGCUGGAAAGGAUGCGGCUGGUGCGCCUGCAGGAGUCCGGAGGGGAGUGUGACAGUCGCAGGAUCAGCUUGCUGGCCCAACAGAGUGUCCGUGCCCAGCACUCACGGGACCUGCAGGUCAUUGAUGCUUACCGGGAGCGCACCAAGGCAGAGAGCAUCACCAGCAUUCUGAGCCAGGCCAUCACCACCCACCACACACUGUACGUCACACUGGGCACAGCUGAGUUCUUCGAGUUUGCACUUAAAAACCCACACAACACCCAGCACACGGUGGCCAUCGAGAUCGACAGCCCUGAGCUCAGCAUCAUCCUGGACAGUCAGGAGUGGAGGUACUUCAAGGAGGCCACCGGCCUGCACACGCCCCUGGAGGAGGACAUGUUCCACCUGCAUGGCAGCCUCGCACCCCAGCUCUACCUGCGGCCCCGAGAGACUGCCCACAUCCCCUUCAAGUACCAGACCUUCUCUGUGGGCCCACCGGCUCCACCACAGGCACCUGCUGAGAUGAGCUCAGAGGAGGACACAGCAUCUGGACCCCUUUGGAAGUGCAGUGCCAUGCCUACCAAGCACGCCAAGGUCCUUUUCCGGGCCGAGAGUGGCCGGCCCAUUGCCGUGCUCUGCCUGACUGUGGAGCCCCAGCCCCACGUGGUGGACCAGGUCUUCCGCUUCUACCACCCAGAACUCACCUUCCUGAAAAAGGCCAUCCGCCUGCCUCCGCGGCACACACUUCCAGGCGCUACCGUGGGGAUGCCUGGUGAGGAACCCCCAGUCCUUGUUCGGUGCAGUGACCCAAAUGUCAUCUGCGAGGCCCAGAACGUGGGCCCUGGUGAGCCGCGGGAUGUGUUUCUCAAGGUGGCCAGCGGUCCAAGCCCAGAGAUGAAAGACUUCUUCGUCAUCAUCUAUGCGGAUCGCUGGCUGGCGGUGCCUGUGCAGACAUGGCAGGUCUGCCUCCACUCCCUGCAGCGUGUGGACGUCUCCUGUGUCGCAGGACAGCUGACCCGUCUGUCCCUUGUCCUACGGGGGACACAGACUGUUAGGAAAGUGAGGGCCUUCACCUCGCACCCGCAGGAGCUGAAGACAGACCCUGCCGGUGUCUUUGUGUUGCCGCCUCACGGGGUGCAGGACCUGCAUGUGGGCGUGAGGCCGAGGAGGGCUGGCAGCCGCUUUGUCCAUCUCAACCUGGUGGACACGGACUAUCACCAGCUGGUAGCGUCAUGGCUCGUGUGCCUCUCCUGCCGCCAGCCACUCAUUUCCAAGGCUUUUGAAAUCACCAUGGCAGCAGGUGAAGGGAAGGGUGCCAACAAGCGGAUCACUUACACCAACCCCUAUCCUUCUCGGAGGACCUACCACCUGCACAGUGACCGCCCAGACCUGCUGCAUUUCAAGGAGGACUCCUUCCAGGUGGCGGGAGGGGAGACCUACACCAUCGGCUUGCGGUUUGUGCCAAGCGGCAGCGCUGGGCAGGAUGAGAUCCUGAUCUACGUCAACGACCAUGAGGACAAGAACGAAGAGACGUUCUGCGUGAAGGUCCUCUACCAGUGAGGGGACAGCUGCGUGGCCAGUGCCCAUCCCAGAGUGACCAUCCUGCAAACCCCUCCUAGCCUUGCAGUUGCUGUGACUUCAGGACUGGCCUGCGUAGCCCGUGGAGUGGAGGGAGGCGGCGUUCCCGUCACAGCAUAACGCCUCAGCUAUGCUGAGUAAUCCCAUGAGCGAAUGUGGCCGCCAGCAGUGACCCCACUCUGCCUGUGGCACACACAAGGCUGUUACACCUCACACCUCUCAGGCUGUCAUUGUCUGGAACAAAUUGUGUUUUAUAAAUCAUUCCCAAUGAUGAAAUUAUGUU